UUUUUUCAACCAGUGUACCCAUUUCCCCCUAUACCCAUUUCCUCAAUCUUCAAUCGUUCUUCCCCUUCCUGGUCUCCCGUUCCCUUCAAUCUUCAAUCGGUCUUCGUCUUUCUCCGUUCGUGGUCUAUCUCUCUCGGUUUCCAGUAGGCUCGGUCUCUCUCUCGGUCUCUCGGUUUCCGUUCGUGUCUUGCAGGUCCCGUAGCUUGCUCUUGCAGGUCAGCCCUCUCUUUGUACCAAGUUCUCCUUUGCUCUAUCAAUGGAGGAGCCUCUUCUAUUCUGAGAAAUACCUCAAACCCACCAGCUGUUUCACUCAUUCUCAGAUGCCACAUCUUGCAACAACUUAUGCAGCUGUCAAUUCACUUAUUACUAUGGGUGGUCAUGAAGCUUUGUCUUCAAUCAAUAGAAGUACAUUAUACAUGUUUCUGCAGCGGAUGAAACAGCCAAGUGGGGGUUUCAGGAUGCAUGAUGGUGGAGAAAUUGAUGUUCGGGCCUGCUAUACUGCCAUUUCAGUUGCAAGUAUUUUGAACAUUUUGGAUGAUGAACUAGUUCAGAAUGUUGGAAAUUACAUAUUAAGCUGUCAGACUUGCGAAGGUGGCAUUGGUGGAGAACCUAACUCUGAAGCUCAUGGUGGGUACACCUUUUGUGGGUUGGCUACAAUGAUUUUGAUCAAUGAGGUCCAUCGUUUGGACUUGUCUCGUUUAAUUGAUUGGCUGGUAUUUCGUCAAGGAAGGGAGUGUCGAUUUCAAGGGAGAACCAAUAAAUUGGUUGAUGGAUGCUAUUCCUUUUGGCAGGGAGGUUCUUUUGCAUUAUUACGAAGAGUCGGUUCAUUUAUUGAUGAAAAACUGGUGAGGCCAGAUGAUGUUGGACAUUGCAGCACUUCCACAGUAUCUGAUAUACCUGAACAGGGAGGUCUAAAUGCUUCUUUCCAUGUGAAUUACAAUGAUAUUGGUCAUAACUUUAUCACAACACGUCCAGUAAUGGAGCACCUUUUCAACAGCCAUGCAUUGCAGCAAUACAUACUUCUAUGCACACAGUCAAUGCAGGUGCAAGAGGGGGGACUCAGAGACUUUCUUUGGGCUACAAGGAGGCUGAGAAGGUGGUUGCCUCUUCUUUAGCAUACUUGACAUAACCAGAUUCAAGCUCUGGAGUUGAAAACUUUCAACAGUGUCCUCUUCUUAACAUAAGUUAUUGUCCUCCAUCAGAAGCUGUCCUGUCUGAUGGGAAAAGUUUGGUCGUUGUCAUCUACAAUUCCCUAGGGUGGAAGAGAGAAGAAGUAAUACGAAUUCCUGUAAGUAGCUAAACUGUACUUCAUAUGCUGAUCAACAUAAAUUUGAAAAGGUUUCCACUGACAGAAUUAGUGUUCAGGAUUCUAGUGGGAAGAAAGUUGAAGCCCAAAUUCUUCCUAUAUUGAAUGCCACUUUUAGUGUUAGAAAUUAUUAUGUGAGAG